AUGUCAUGUCCGAAUAAUAUAGCUCCCGGUAAAUUCCUGAUGGAUUCUUUAAUGGGAGGAUCAUCUUCCUUCAGGGGUGAGGGUUAUUCCAGCAACCCCGGGAUAUACAUCCACUCAGCUGCAGAGUACGGAUAUUCAGUGAUGAGAAACAUUGGCAAGGCAGGACCAGCUUCACUCUCCAAAAGAGACGAGGUUUCUCCGGGCGGAGUUCCGCUCAGCGGCUUCCAGGAUGCGCCCUACCUGCCGGCCACAUGGACCCCGGGCUCCAAAACCAGUAGGGACGAACAACCUGUUGCCCAGUGUUUACAACCCUGCUCGUUUCCAGUGGGCAACGUCAAAGAGGAGGCGUUUUGUUGCCUCUAUCAGGAUGACAGCAAUAAGGGGAAGCAGACAACAGAGUCGGCCACUUACAUCCGUCUUGGGGACAAUAGCUGCCGGCCUGAGCAAACCGCCUCGUCCAGCGGCUGUUUCCAGGUGUACAACGGAGAGAGGCCGCAGCAGGACGACCAGCAGUUCCCCUCCGGCUUCUCUCUGACCCACUUGGCGACAUCUGUUGAAUCAGCAUCAGAAUCGACAACAAAUUGCAAUAAAUCGGCGCAGGAGACAGCGAGUGAGGUUUCAAUGACAGAUGAGAGCCAGAACAGGAAGGAAGAGAAGGCCAAGAGUGACAGCUGUUCAGAUAACCCGGACGGGCAAUUAAAAGCUGAUUUAUCCGCGGAAAAUACGACGGGAAGCUGGUUAAAAGCCAAAAGUGGAAGGAAGAAACGGUGUCCCUACACAAAGCACCAGACGCUGGAGCUGGAGAAGGAGUUCUUGUUCAACAUGUAUCUGUCUCGGGAGCGCCGCCUGGAGAUCAGUCGGAGUAUCAACCUGACUGACAGACAGGUCAAGAUCUGGUUCCAAAACAGACGCAUGAAGCUCAAGAAGUUCAACAGGGAGAGCCGAGGAAGGGAGCACAGUGCAGUAUAUAACUAUUCCUGA